CUAACAUAAAUACCAAGAGAAAAGUGAUGAAUAUUAGCAGAGAAAGCAUAAAAAGCUCCUAUAAUGUAAAAGAAACUAAGAGUAUAGUCAAAAGUAUCAUAUUUUGCCUUUGAUUUGAAAUUACAUGAUACAUGAAAACAUAUGGAUUGCAAUUUAGGUAAAAAUGAUAAAUUUUAUUGUUGGGUAGAAAUAGUUUGCAAAACCUGAUGGUGUUCAGUACAUAACGAAUCACGAAAAAAACACGCAAGUUGGCUUCCAAGAACAUGACUUUUGUACAGCAUAUGUCUCCUCAUAUGUUUCUCUUUUUUUAUUGUAUAUAUAAUCCGUGUGCAUCUUCAAGUUAAUACUAAGCGAUCAAAACAAAGUUUAAAUUUUCUUUCAAUAGUAUAAAAUACAAAAUGAGAACAGUUGAAGGAGAAUUAUCAAUUACAAUACUUUAAAUUAGUUCUUGUUAUUCUAAAAUACAUAUAAUAUUAAUAAAAUUUACUAAACAAUAUGAGGGUGUGGCUAAUUUUCUAGAACAAUUUAAUUAGUAGGCGGCUUUAAAAUAUUAAUUUAAGGCAAGGUUAUCUCAAAAAAGAAAAGACAACAAAUAUUCUUUCUUUCUUUGUUUUACAUAUAAUAAGGAUUAUAAUUAUUUAAGAGAAAGAAUAUAUCAUUUUUAUCCUAUCUAUCUCCCAGUAUAUACCCUUCCACAGUCAGUAGUUAUUCCUCUUCGCUUCGAUACCGUUUUGCUUCUCCCUUCCUCUUCAUCAGUUUCUUGGCUCAAUAAACCUCAGUCGACGAUAUCCUAAACAAAGAAAUAUGUCUUUAGAAAAGUCAUAUGCUGUCGAUUUAUCUGAUGAAGACCUUUCAAAAAUACAACCUAUUUGCCGACCACCAAAUGAUUGUAAGAAAUUAAUCGCCUCAGUCUUACUCAUAUCCUUUUCUUAUUACAUAACUGCCAUUGCAACUGUCAUCGCUCACAGCCGUAUGCCGAAAGAAAAUAAACAAUUACCGGACGUUAUUCUUGACAAUGUUAACUUGCGAUCAUGGGCUUUGGAUAUCAGUGAAGGGAUUUUAAUGCUACUUAUAGUUGUGGUCAUUUUGAUCGCAGUGUUACACAAACACAGAUGUUGCAUAAUAAGAAGAAUAUUGGUUAUUUUGUCCAUAAUUACACUGUUAAGAUGCCUUACUAUGACUUUGACUUCAUUGCCUGGAACUAGACCAAGUUAUAGAAUGUGUAAGGAUAAAUACCAGAAACUGUCUGAUAUACUCUACAGAGCUUUCAUAAUAGUUGAGAGAGGUGGUAUGGUUAGAAACGGAGUAUAUACGUGUGGCGAUUACAUAUUUAGCGGCCAUACGGUCACCUUAGUAUCCUUAACAAUGCUUAUUGUCGAUUACACACCCAAGUAUUGUCGAUCAAUGCACUUUAUACUAUGGACAUCCAGUUUCAUUGCCAUAAUACUGAUAAUUGUAGGUCACGAACACUAUACAGUUGAUGUCCUAUUGGCCUUUUAUAUAACCGUUCAAGCGUAUUUACAUUAUCAUCAUUUGGCAGACAACUUGAACAAUCGUAAUUCAAAUUUACCAAUGCAGAGGCGAAUUCUGGACGUUUUUUAUCCCAUUGUCAAAUACUUUGAGGGUAAUGUUCAAGGCUGUAUACCAAACGAGUUCGAAUUACCAGAGAGAUUAAUUUUCAUAUCCAACCUUAAAGAUUUUCUAUGCCGCAUAUCGCCAAUAAGAAAAUGAUAUGAAAAUGGUCAUAGCAUUCCAAAGAGAGUCUGUUUUUGAAUAAAUCAUUUAAUUUAUUUCUCUUUUAACGUGUUAAUGUGCUACAACUUUCUCUGACAUUUCAUUGUACACUUUACUAAAUUUACAGUUUUUCUUUGAAAAAAGGAAAUUGUUUAUCACAUUUCUCGUAAAUAGAAAAUACAAAUUAAUUUAAGUUACUUUUUAGAAUCUUAAUUGUCAACAAAUCAAAGUACUAAACAACCAGAAGAUUCCAUUCCUAGAUGUUUUGUAUUAUUUUCUAAUGUUUAGAUCAUUCGUAGAUGUAGUCCUUAAGUUGUUGAUGGUAGCUAUCUAGAUCUGUGGCAGAUUGAAGGCAUAAGUUAAGGUUUAAGGCCGCUAAUAGGAUUAAUUUAACAAACUUAAUCCGUAUUGAACAUGUAAUGCUAGAGACGUCUAACAAGAGAUUAAUUAGUGAAUGUUUGUACGCUCUUCUAUCUUUAUUCUGAAUGCUUAGAGUCAUGUACUCAAGAACGCAUUGGGCAUAUCCUUCCUUGAGUUGUUUCGAAAUAGACCAAUAGAUGGCAUUACUGUUGAUCCACGUUUUACCAUUUUAGUCCUACAGAAAACUUGAAGUCUUCUACUAAGAAUUGUUUAUAUUUCGGCUCCUCAGGUCCUUGGUAAGUUAAUAACGAGCUUUGCUUGUUUAACCAGUUUUUUAUGUUGAAAACUUUCAAAUUCCUCUCAUUCGAAUACGGUCCUGAAACUUUACUUUUCCGGAAGUAAGCGAUUUUUUUUUUUAAAUAAAAAUUGAAUUAUUAUUCUAAUAGUCUCGCAUUUAACCUUGGAAUUUCUACAUUCCAAUCUACGAUUUGAAGGAUAUGCGCGCGUGCGUGUAGAUGGCAACAUGGUUGUAUUCAUUCAGUAUCGAAUGACGUAACGAUGUUUCGGCAUUGCCCUAAAGAAAUAUAGUUCUUAUCACGAUUCAACUAUUUUCGUCUUUAAGAAAUUUAUAUAAAAAUAUUCCCUAAAUAAAAUAUAUAAUUAAAUAUUAAAAAAAGAAUCAUAAUACUUUAAAAACUAAUCGAAUGAUGAAUAAAGUAACAGUGGGUGGCGCAAUAAUACAUGACUGUACGCCAUAUUUCAGGCUCAAAAAGUAGUGCCGAUCAGUGGAAAUUAUUCGCUAUUUUUAGAGGAGGAAAACUCGCUUAUAUAUAGAACCUAGUAAGUUUAUUUUUGUCUCGCGCGCUAUAUGCGUUUCAUCAUGUAUGUUCUAUGAAUUUCUGUAUACGAUCACAAUUAACGACUGUCAAUCUAAUGUUAUGUUGAAUAAUGCCAACAAUUGGCGAUGUGCAGCCGAGCAUUUCCAACUAGGCUUGCCCGUUUACUUCGUUUUCGUUUAGAUAUAUUCACUUGAUGUUUCAGUCGCUUUUCUAUGUUAAGUUUGUUCUGUUAAAUAACGGUAUUAGAAUUGUAUAAUUCUUAGAGUAAUCGGAAACUACAGUUAGACAACCUCGUUUGUCAAUUGGCCUAUGUUUUAAAAAAUCUGCUUUCUACGUAUGUAUUAAUUUCUUACGCAUUUUGUAUAUAUUUUCCAUUGAAAAACGAUUGUGUCUGGCCAGCAGAAAAAAUGGCCUAUACUAGGUAGAAUCGAUAGGAGUAUGUCCUUGACAAGAUUUGAUGACGUACGCGUUGCUAUGGACUAGCGUUGCUGGGUGCAAAAGCUCGACUGUAUGACGUCAGAGUUACUGGGCGUCUACGAUAAAACUUGCUUUUCCCAGUAAAAGUUGGACGCAGACAAAAAAAAUCUAUGAAAAGUCCAAGUUGAUUUAGGAAAAUUUUUUAAUUCAAAACAGAUGGCGCCAAUAGAAGCGCCACCUAUAGGCCCUAAUUCUGUUAGGCAGGGAUUAGACGGUUUGUUGACGCCUAAUACGCGUCUUGGGCGUUAUGCUAAUCUUUUCUCAUGGUCAAUUGGGUUGGAUUUGUCAUUGUUUUUUGACAACGUUCUGAAAAUGUAAUUUUCUAACGGAAGGAAGAUUGCCGGAGGACAAACGCAUCAAAAAUUACAUAACACGAUUCCGCUUACGUAUAGCGUGCAUUUAAUUAGAAAAAAUGUUUAAAGCCCAGAUUUCGUUGUGAAAAUGCAGGUACAUUAUUAUUGGAGAGCUUUUUGCUGCUGGUGCUGCUGGUCGUUCAAAAUCCCUCGGCUCUUCGAUCCACACGCAUUUGUAUAAUUAAUAGAAAACUGUAGUAAAUUUCUAGUCCUCAAACGAAGCGAAGGUGCGAAUAUUGACAGUUUAUUUUCGUUUUAUCAGCUUUCCUUUCCACGCGUAGGCUUAGAUAGAUUAUAAUUAGCAGCGGUCAUUUCUCACAUUGGUAUCGGUUCGAUUUCUGAGUUGGUUAAAAUUCAGGUAAGGGAAAGGCUUUUUUCAGCGAAGGUACGCCGAUACACGUUCAAAAGAUUGAUGUUAUGUAAUCGAACGCCAGUGACGUCAGUGUUACCGGUCGGCGUUUUUAGGCGUUUCUUUACUAAUUACAUAAUAAGGAACUUUAUGCGCACUAUGAGUUUUUGAAGAAAAAAAAAUGCCUCCGAGCUGUUGAACGCCGUGUCAGUGACUGAUGUCUUAUUUUAAUCUUCUUAUACAGCGUCUAAUUACGUACACUCGGAGCGUUUACUAAGCGUCACAUCGACGUCCUGCUGUCGACACCGUAUGGUGCGAGAGUGGAUGUACCGUUCAAGCAGAUGUUGUAUGUUAUUUGUUGCGUGAUUUUUUUUCUGUGGAAUGCGAAGGGGAAACGAUGAAGGAACGUUCUAAUCGAAUUUGAAACGUAACAGCGUUUGCCGCCGGCAAUUUCAACGCUCAAGAUGUGCGCACUACUGUUCACAGAUUACGUAACCGGUUGAAUAACGAUUGUGUGGGAACUGCGCUUUACUCUUGCCAGGUGUCUUAUGGCGCCAAGUUUUCAUACUAUUUUUUUAAAAUCUCUUCAUCUCCUCUGGUUCUCUUGUAUCAUAUUAUUUUGUUAUUUUCACCAUCCUAUACUCUCUAUCAAUUCUAAGCCACCAGGAACAAUAAGACGAUAUUAAGUAUUAAUGAGUUCAUUUACAAGAACUGUACUACAUACGUAUAUAAAUGUAGAGAAGCUAUCUGUAUGCACGCAUGCAUAUAGACUGUACAUGUACAGUAUGUGUAUGUGUGUGUGUGUUCUGUCUUUAUCUAACUAUCUAAACGUAUCUUUAACUGAAAACGAGGCUUAGUUUUUAAGAUGCCGUAAAAAAAACUCUCAAAAAUGUUGUCUUUAACUUAACUUGAUUGAUUGAUCGAUGAAAAACCGAUAUUCGAUAGAUGAAAUUCUUUUUGUUAGUCUAUUUUACUAGCCGAUGUGCAUUGUAUUUUGUCUGUAGCAUAUCUACACAUUUACAUGUUCUAUUACAACUAAUACAUCAGUAAUCUAAAAUAUAUGUAUACAUUUAAAA